AUGAGCAGCGACCAAACUCUCAUCAACUUCAACGCUGGCACUUCCGUUCCGGAUACGGAAGCAAAUGGGCCUAAUGGACAGAGUAUUGCGGAGUGGAGACAAAAGCGUGGUAUUCAUCCAUCGCAGCAGAUCCGUACUGUCAGGCUAGUACAUAUGCGCUACCAGCAUCCCGAUCUAAAGAGCAUCAGCACGUUUCUUCACGACUUUGGUAUGCGUUCUGUGAAGGAGACCGAAGACCGCGUGUGGUUCCGAGGAUAUGGAGUCGACCAGUACGUAUACUACGCACAGAAGGGACCCAAGAAGUUUCUCGGCGGGACCUUUGAGGUGGAGACAUAUGAUGAUUUGGUGAAGGCCUCCAAGCUAAACGGCGCUGGGCCAAUCCAGUCGUUGGAUGACGCACCUGGCGGCGGUUCCUUGGUUACCGCCUUCGACCCGGAGGGAAUCCCAAUCAACUUUAUCCAUGGCCAGGAGCCAGCGAAAACAGGCAAGAUGCCUGAGAGACUCGUUGUCAACUACGAGACCGACAAGCCCCGCAAGCGAAGGUUCCAGCGCUUUGACGAAGGGCCGGCUGCGGUGCACAAGCUUGGUCACUACGGCCUCUGUGUACGAAACUUUACUGAGCAGCUCGAUUGGUAUACUCGUAACUUCAAUUUCGUACCCACCGAUCUGCUCUAUGUCCGAGAUGAGAACAACAUCGACCAGAAUGUCGCUGUCUUCGCCCACAUUGAUAGAGGCAAUGACUUUGUGGAUCACCACACCAUCUUCCUAAGCAAAGCCCAAACAUCACACGUUCAUCACUGUUCAUUCGAGAUUCAUGAUUUCGACACGCAGCAAUUAGGUCAUCAAUGGCUAGCUGGGAAAGGAUACAAGAGUGUGUGGGGCGUCGGCCGCCAUAUUUUGGGAAGCCAGAUCUUUGACUACUGGUGGGACACAACUGGUAACAUGAUUGAGCACUAUGCGGACGGAGAUUUAGUCAACCAGGAUACGCCUAUUGGACAUCUGCCUGCAGGCAACGAGAGCCUGGCGGUAUGGGGUCCCGAGGUGCCGCAGGCAUUUUUAGAUUAG